UUAUUAUUAAAACGCUGAUGAAUACACUAAUCCAUGCUAAAUGUUUUAACGUAGAGAAACUAGCAGACAACCUGACAACUGCCUUACUGACCAUGUAAGGAAGUCAUGGAGAUACAGACUUCAUAUUUUAUUUUGCUAUAUUUUAUUCAGCAAUCAUCAUUUGUGCCCUUGCAUAGAUGACCAAUUAUUUUAAAAAAAAUGCUAAUUAUUAAACACAACCAAUAUCUAACCAGGGUUUCAGUGCUUGGACAUCAGUUACACAAAUGAAAAAGCAGGAGUGAAGGAGUCAAAGAGAAACUUUGUUGACCCUGGCACCUGACACAGUUUAAGUUUAAAGUCUCUUUCUAGAACAAAAAAGCCAGAAAUUCCUCUCAUGUGUCAACAAACUCAGAGCUUUCACUAAACUUGCUUUCUGGAACAAAGCCUUGGGAAACACACUGAGACAAAAAGUUGGACUGGACUAUAUAUACAGAGAUCACCGAUUAGGGAUUAGACAAAGGAGGGGAAUGAGAUGCAGAGGAAUGCAAAUAACAACAGUUAAUCAGAAAACAAAAUAAUCAGAGAAUCAAGGCAGGCUGUCACAAAGCAUCUUUAACUCAGGACAUAGAAGAAAAUGAACCUUCAAGCAUUUAAAAUCUGGAGAAAAAAACCCGGACAAAACAAAAGAGAGUACCAUAGACUUGAAUAUUAACACUUAAUAAGGGAACACAAAGGGACGAACACAGGAACAAAAAGAAAGGAAGGCAGACAGAAACAGAAACACUCGGGCAACUGCUGCUACUGACAGUAACAGACAUGAACCAAAACACAAGAUAACACAAAAAUGAAGAAACAAAGCUCAAGAAAGGGAUAAGAUAUAAGGCAAGUUUAACAUAGACAAAUUUCUUAGUUUCUUAGUUGUCUUCACUAAACAUAAAACCUCAGAGAUAAUGAACAUUUCCACACGGGUAAUCGGUUUUCUUUGUUUUCACUAGCCCAGCCUUUCUUCUUCAGGCUCUGCUUGCGAUCACAUAGAAGGGACGUUUGAUGUAUUAUUUGACUCUUCUUCUGCACAAUGUUGACCAGUUGAAUCCCCUCCCCCCAACUCCAAGGCAGAUGCAUUAUUGGAGGAAUGUGUGACAGAGCUCUCUAAAAGAAAAGAAAAAUAUAGCAGUAAAAAGGAAGAUUGCCAUUGCAGAUAGGACAAGAGAGUAAUGCUGCAGAUCAAAAGAAGCAUGCAGAGCAGUUAGAAAAAAUGUAUAUGUUAACUCAAGAUAAUAUGCAAUAUUUAUUUUAUUGUGUGUGUGUUCUUACUUAAUUCUGACAUGACAGCAGUACAUGAAUUCUCACUGUGUCAUAUACUAAUAAACAGGAGGUUGAAAUCACUUACGUUUGUUGUCAGAUUCUUCUCAAAUUAAUCUUACUGAUUGGUGAUAAGCAGUCUACAUGUUAUGUGUUCAGCAUGUGUUACCAUGGUAACACCGUGAAAAGACAGCCAUAUUUGUUGUUCUGGCUGUUAGCUUCAUAGUAUGCCUCUCCAGGCCCGGUAAUACAGAGCAACUCCAACACACCCAGGAUAUCUUUCCACCGUCUGGUUUCACUUACCCUGACAGCAGCAGUUGGGUUCAGGAUCAUAAGCAGCUUUUCAGCUCCUGCGGUAUUAAAGAUACGCUGCUGUAAAAGAAGUCAUCUGUAAUCCUACAUGUGCUGUAUGGCCCCUCUAAAGAAGGCUCAUCAAGAGUCUGUGAACAGGUGAGAGAGGGACACUGUCUGCCCCACUGUCCAGCGACACCAUGAGCUGGAGCUUCCUCACGCGGCUGCUGGAGGAGAUCCACAACCACUCCACCUUCGUGGGGAAGCUGUGGCUCACCGUGCUCAUCAUCUUCCGCAUUGUUCUUACUGCCGUUGGGGGAGAGUCCAUCUACUACGACGAACAGAGCAAGUUUGUUUGCAACUCAGGCCAGCCAGGCUGUGAGAAUGUCUGCUAUGAUGCCUUCGCCCCUCUGUCUCACGUCCGCUUUUGGGUCUUCCAGAUUAUCUUGGUGGCAAUGCCUUCUCUCAUGUACAUGGGCUAUGCUGUCAACAGAAUUGCACGAUUAGAUGAAGCCAAAGGAGGAGCUGGAUCUGUUGCUGUUAGGACAGGAGGAGGGGGCUACACGCACAGAAAACCUAGGAAAAUGUGCUUUGGAGCAAGACAGCACCGAGGCAUUGAGGAGACCGAGGAAGACCAGGAGGAUGAUCCAAUGAUCUAUGAGGUGCCGGAGAUCGAGCCCCCAAAAAGGCCACGGGACCCACUGCAGCCCACACCCAGACCCAAAAUCCGACAUGAUGGGCGUAAGCGAAUCCGAGAUGAAGGGCUAAUGCGGGUCUAUGUUUUGCAGCUGGUGACUCGUACGGUGUUGGAGGCUGGUUUCCUUACAGGCCAGUAUUUGCUGUAUGGUUUCCGUGUGAUGCCCAUAUUUGUGUGCUCAGGGAAACCUUGUCCACACAGUGUUGAUUGCUUUGUGUCGAGGCCUACAGAGAAGACCAUUUUCCUGCGCAUCAUGUAUGGUGUCACUGUCCUUUGCCUCACACUCAAUGUUUGGGAAAUGCUCCAUUUGGGCAUUGGUUCCAUUUGUGACAUUCUUCGCCGUCGCCGCUGCCCACCUCAGGAGGAUGAGUACCAGCUGGGCCUGUUGGGUACCAGUGGGGGUGUGGAGGGCUCAGUAGGGGCAGCAGGUCCUGAGGCAGGUUCUGAGGGAGGCGUAGGAGGAGAUGGUGCUGCCGAUUAUGUUGGCUACCCCUUCUCGUGGAACACCCCGUCAGCUCCACCUGGUUACAACAUUGUUGUGAAGCCAGAACAGAUGCCCUACACAGAUCUUAGCAACGCUAAGAUGGCAUGCAAACAGAACAGGGCUAACAUUGCCCAGGAGGAGCAGCAGCAGUUUGGUAGCAAUGAGGACAAUUUCCCCACUGGAGGAGAGGCCCGUGUAGCCCUGAACAAAGACAUGAUCCAGCAGGCUCAUGAGCAACUGGAGGCAGCUAUCCAGGCCUACAGUCAGCAGCACCGGGCAGAGGAGCAGCUUGGGGACAACCAGGAUGACAAGCCCCAAAGUAACAUUAUCCAGGCCCAACCUCAGCCACAACCCCAGCCUCAGAAAGAGCGCAAGCAUAGAUUUAAGCAUGGGAAAGGCGGGAGCAGUGGAGGUGGAAGCAGCAGCAACAGUAGCAGCAGCAAAUCAGGAGAGGGCAAGCCCUCUGUAUGGAUUUAACCCCAGAAACAGUGACCCGUAUUGAAAACAUGUAAAUAUUGGAGACUGGAUGAUGAGCUGUUGCAAUGUUACUUGGAUAUUUAAACACCAUUAUGCCUUACAGAAUCCUGCAAGCUGGAGAAGAUGCGUGUUUGCGUAUAAUGGUGUGUAAAGAAAAAAAGAGAGAGAAAAAAACAUGUGAUAUUGCAGCUGACAAAUUGUUUUGUCUGGGUAAUCACUGUUUAACUUGAAACAUCACACCAACACAAACUAUGUUAGGCUACAGUCUGUCGUUUACAUGUGUCGUUCUUCUCAAGCCCCAAAGCAGAUUAUUGACCUCUGUUUUCUUCCCGUUCACCCUUUCAGGAGAUUCCCAGGAUCAUUAUGUGUUCUCUUGCAAAAUUAGACUGAUUCCAAAUUUCGAUGAUCACAAUGUAAAUGCAAUAAAAUGAUGCAUGAUUCCAUGGUGCCGCCCAAAGGAUUGGCUUUAUAGUGCAGUGAGAAGAUCACCUUCCUGAAGGUUGUGUCCUGUCACUCAUGUUCCAUGUCUGCUUCAUUAAUAGUGUUAUAUUGCUGUGACUUUGCAUUUGACCGUGUGUUUGUAAAUGUUUGUUGUGUAUUUUUUGAUAACAGUAGUACACCAGCUGCUACAGAAACCUAUGAGUACAGCUGGUGGAUUUUUAUCCAGUCUACAUCUGAAAUUAUCUGUGAAAAAAUAAAUAAUAAGGUGCAGAAGCAAUCCAGAUUUUAUAGUUUAUUCUUAAAUAUCUCAUUUUCUCCUUAUGGCUUUUCAUGGCUCAGUACCAUUGUUCCUCUAUCUGCCUUGUGUUUGGCUGCCCCCUGGUGGUGUCUUCAACGGGGCUUGAUACUGGGGAGAAGAUACCAGUUGCCAAUGCUACCUGCAUCCAGCAACACCUUAACCAGCUGUAAUGUUCCUUUUCUAUUGACAAUACUUGUGUCACUUAUGUCUUCCCAGUGCUACAAGUCCAGUGUUAGAUGCACAAGGCUGCAAUAUUACAACAUUGUAAUGGAAAAGGUUUAAAGCCAUUACUAUAACACAGUGAGACCAAACACUGUCUGUGUGAUGCAAGUUGUCAGUGCCAAGAUUUUAUGCUAGGCUGCCACGAAGCCUGGUUGUUUGUAGCUUUGGAAUACUGUGGCCAUGCUACUCCACUUGUGGAAAUAUGCCUAUGUGAGACCAACCCUUUUGUAAAAGUCAUUUUUCUUUUUUUUUUCCUUCUUUUUUUGUACAACAGUAUGUCUUGCAUUUUUCAUAUGGGAUUUAAAAUGAUAAAACUUCAAAAUGGAGUCAAAUUUUAUGUUCCAGACAGUGUUUUAUAUGAAAACACUCUGUUUUUCAAUAAAGUUUUGUUUUGUUUUGUAAAAUAAAUAAACAAAAAACAAGAUCUUUUGAAA